AUGGGAGCACUUAUAUCUUUACCAUUAGCUGGAUCCACAGCUAUAAUAUCGUCUAUAAGUUCAUGUGUGGGAGCAGCAGCAUGUUCAGCGUUUUGCUCAUCUAUUGGAGGAACUUUCCAAUCGUCAAUUAUGACAAGAAUUACCUAUGCAUUUUUAUUAUUAUUUAAUUGUUUAAUAUCUUGGAUAGCAUUAUCACCAUUUAUAGUUCGGAAAUUGGAGAAAGCAACGUUCGGAUUCAUCAAUAGUAACUGUGGAGAUGGUGGGAAUUGUGUUAGUUUUGCAUCAGUUCACAGAAUAAAUUUCGCUUUAGGUGUACUUCAUUUAAUCUUAGCAGGGUUAUUGAUUAAUGUCAAUUCAACAUUAAACCCCAGGGCGGCUUUACAGAAUGGAUGGUGGAAAUUCAAAAUCUUCCUUUAUUUUGUAUUAUUACUGGUCAAUUUCUUAUUAAUACCCGAUGGGUUCUUUGUUUUCUAUGGAAAUCACAUAUCAAUAAUUUUUUCAACCAUAUUUAUUGGUAUUGGAUUGGUACUUUUGGUGGAUUUUGCUCAUGCUUGGGCUGAGACGUGUCUUGAAAAGAUAGAAUUAGAAGAAUUAACCGGGGAUAGUGAAUAUAAUGCUGGUUUCUGGAAGAAAUUAUUGAUUGGUGGUACUUUAAUCAUGUACAUUUCAAGUAUUGUUUUAAUUAUCCUUAUGUAUGUUUUCUUUGCCGGUAAAGGUUGUGGAAUGAAUAAAACAGCCAUCACUAUGAAUUUGAUUUUCAGCUUGAUUAUUUCAGCCAUGUCUAUCAAUCAAAAUAUCCAAGAAUCUAAUCCAAAUGCUGGAUUAGCUCAAAGUUCAAUGGUAGUUUUGUAUUGUACUUAUUUAGUCAUGAGUGCCGUAGCAUCUGAACCUGAUGAUAAAAUGUGUAAUCCUUUAGUCAGAUCCAAAGGAACUAGAACCGCAAGUAUCGUCUUAGGAGCAUUUUUCACUUUCAUAGCUGUAGCUUAUACUACAACCAGAGCAGCUGCUAAUUCAGCAUUUUAUGGUGAUGAACAUGAUAGUACUGAAUUAAAUUCAUCAACCAACGGAUUUAUUUCAUCGGAAUCUCAAGUUAAUAGAAAUGAAAUGAGAUAUCAAGCUAUCAAACAAGCUGUUGAUGAAGGUUCAUUACCAGAGAGUGCUUUAAAUCAAUUAUCCUUAUACGAUGAUGAAAAUAUCAAUAAUGAUGAAGAGAGAUCCAGUGUUAAGUAUAAUUAUUCAUUAUUCCAUAUAAUUUUCUUCUUAGCCACUCAAUACGUUGCUACUUUAUUAACCAUUAAUGUUCAACCUGAUGAAGUUGGAGAUUUUGUCCCUGUUGGUAGAACAUAUUUUUCAUCAUGGGUUAAAAUUAUAAGUUCAUGGGUUUGUUUUGUUCUUUAUGGUUGGAGUUUAGUGGCACCAGUUAUUUGGCCCGAUAGAUUCGGAGUUACUUUAUAG